GUGCCAGCGGCAGUCAUGGCAGCUCGGUGCAUGAGGCUGGUGCUGCACAGCCUCCGGGCUCUGGCAUUGUCUCUCAGGUCCUCUCCUCGGCUGCUGUGCACAGCUACAAAACAGAAGAACACUGGCCAAAACUUGGAAGAGGACGUGGGCCAGAAUGAACAGAAGACAGAUCUUCCCUCUACAGAGAAGACACUCAUGGAAGAGAAGGUCAAGCUGGAAGAACAGCUAAAGGAGACCAUGGAAAAAUAUAAGCGAGCUUUAGCAGAUACUGAGAACUUGCGGCAGAGAAGCCAAAAAUUGGUGGAGGAGGCAAAACUAUAUGGCAUCCAGGGCUUCUGCAAGGACUUGCUGGAGGUGGCCAACAUUUUGGAGAAGGCAACACAGUGCGUCCCUAAGGAAGAGAUUAGAGACGAUAAUCCCCACCUGGAGAACCUGUACGAGGGGCUCAUGAUGACGGAGGUCCAGAUCCAGAAGGUGCUCACGAAGCAUGGCCUGCUCCGGCUGGACCCCGUGGGGGCCAAGUUCGACCCCGUGGGGGCCAAGUUCGACCCGUACGAGCACGAGGCUUUGUUCCACACGCCGGUUGAGGGGAAGGAGCCAGGCACGGUGGCGCUAGUUAACGAAGUGGGCUGCAAGCUGCACGGGCGCACCCUGAGACCCAUCCUGGUGGGGGUGGUGAAGGAGGCUUAG